GUAGAAUUCCACUCUCAAACAAUCCAUUCUUUCCUAAUCAAUCCUCAUCCGGUAUAUAUAUAACCAGUAUCACAAUGGCAGUCGGUAUAGCCACCUCGAAUACAACCACCAUCCACAAGCCAAAAGCAACAACCACCACACAGAAUAACAGCGUUCUCCCAUCCAACCAGCGCUGGAUCCACCCUCAUCUCUCGCCCAGCCAUGAUCCCCUCAAAGGCCGCCGACUCCAAGCAACCGCCCCAAUCAAAGCUGGCGAACUGCUGAUGGUCGAUGUUCCGUAUACCGUGGUUCCAGUAGUCGAUGAUCCCCAGUGCAGCAAUGAACUCGUAUGCAGUAACCCUCACUGUCGCCGAAAGGUGCCGCGUCAUGCACCGGCCCGAGUUGGCUGCCCGAAUAGCUGUCUGCCAGAGGUUGUCUGGUGCAAUCGGGAUUCGUGCUAUCGGGCUGGGAAGACGUUGCAUGAUUUCGAGUGUGAAUGGUUGAGAAAAUACACGCAUGUCCUGAGAACGCAGGAGGGUGAGUAUUUCUUUAGUGUGUUGUGGAUGAUUGUGAGGGUUAUUGCUGCGAGGUAUAUCGAGGAGCAGUCGAAACAUUCAGUCAUCCUCAACCAGCGCUUUUCAACGGGAUACAAAGCUAUGCAAGAGCUCUGCGACAAUAGAGGCUUGUGGCCUGCACAAGACACUCUCGAUUGGAAGGAUCUGGCAGAAAGGUUCAUCUGCAAUGAUGAAUCACCACUGCCAGACAAGCUGCCUGUUGAGGAAGUCUUGAAUCUGUUCUGCCAGCAAGAAUCGAAUUCCUUUGGACUGUAUCCUCGUGAAACCGGCCGUAUGCCUCAGCCCGGCGAGUUGUUCCAUGAAGUCGAACAAUAUGCAGCAGCUGUAUACCCCUCAGCUUCCCUGGCAAAUCAUUCCUGUUUCCCAAAUAUUGUCCGCAAACCAGACGAAUAUGCGCGUAUGACAUUUACCGCCAUGAGAGAUAUUCCAGCAGGAGAAGAAUGCUGCAUUUCAUAUUUCGAUCUACGACAGACGGUCGAUUACAGUGAUAGGCAGCGAUAUCUUCGCAAUCGCUUCUACUUUGGUUGUUUGUGUGAACGGUGUGAGGAGGAAAAGCCUUCUGAACAGGAGAUUUGGGCGGCGUUGCCUUUUGAUCUAUAAUCGGCCAUGGGUCUUUCUUUUGUAUAU